GAUGGCAGAUCUAUGUCAAAACUGCAAACACAAACAGUUGAGAUCUCGAAUGAUCGGCAAGAAAUUCUCAUCUAACAUUCUAAAUCAGAUCUAAUAGAUACGAUCUCCACGAAACCUCGAUCAUCCUUACAUUAAUGUCAUUGAAUAUUUGCAGAGCAUCCACAAGAAGAAAGAAGAAAAGCCAAAGGAGAGUAUCCAGUGUCAUCGUCUGAAAACCCAUACUUCAAAGCAAAAAACAGAAGUGUAAAUGGAAGAUGCAGCCACAACCACAUCUCGUUUGGAUUAAUUCCCAGCGAAUUUCUACAUCCCUCGAGGUGCAGUGGCUAGCAAAGUAAUGAGCAGUGCAUUUUACAAAAUGAAACGCAUGUGUUCCUAUUCGAGGGAGGAAUCCAAAAGGAGGAAUCUAGAGAUCGGCCCCAUGUUUAAUCAAGUUUCGAAAUUCGUGUAACCGAUGAGGCCAGGCACUGUGAGAAGUGUCAAUUCCAAGAUGGAGGAGAGAUUGGGAGCAACGUCGACCAGUGCCAGACAGGAGAUGUUGAGAUAGAGCAAAUCAGAGAUGCAAUUGAGAUUGCCAGUUUCCAAUAAAUUGAGUGAGGUGCAAUCCUUGAUGAGGAGGGAGUGA